GAGAAUCCAACCAGCCUAGCACCUUGUGGCCCCCAAAGCAACUUCUGGAAACGUUUGUACCCAAAUUGCAUUGUAGAAGACAAGAUUGCUUUGAGUAAGUACAUGCCGUGGUGGCCCUCAGCAUGGUGUUGCCAUCACCGGACAAACGGCAUGUGUGUCUUACCACCUUUGUCAUUAUGACAAGUAUGGCCUUCAUGGAUGCCUACCUGGUGGAGCAGAACCAGGGUCCACGUAAAAUUGGUGUCUGCAUCAUUGUCCUGGUAGGGGACAUCUGCUUUCUCAUAGUUCUCCGCUAUGUGGCAGUUUGGGUGGGAACGGAGGUGCGGACAGCCCGACGUGGCUACGCCAUGAUCCUUUGGUUCCUCUAUAUCUUUGUGCUAGAGAUCAAGCUUUACUUUGUCUUCCAGAACUGUAAGGCAGACCGCAAAAGUUUGGAAACAGUUGCCCGGAAGGCUUUAACUCUGUUGUUGUCCAUCUGUGUACCAGGUCUUUACCUGGUUCUGGUGGCCCUGGACAGCAUGGAAUACAUCCGUACAUUUAGGAGGAAGGAGGACAUGAGGGGUAGGCUCUUCUGGGUGGCUUUAGAUUUGCUCGACCUCCUGGACAUGCAAGCGAACCUUUGGGAGCCCCAGUGGACAGGCUUGCCUAUUUGGGCAGAAGGUUUAAUGUUCUUCUACUGCUACAUUUUGUUGCUGAUCCUUCCUUGUGUGUCCUUGAGUGAGAUCAGUGUACAGGGCGAUCAAGUGUCCCCCCAGAAGAUGAUGAUCUAUCCUAUUCUCAGUCUGGUCACAAUCAAUGUUGUGACUAUCCUUAUACGUGGCAUCAACAUGGUGCUAUUUCAGGACAGCCGGGUUUCCACCAUCUUCGUUGGCAAGAAUGUGGUGGCGAUUGCAACCAAGGUGUGUACCUUCCUCGACUAUCGGAAGCAGUCAAGGGAAUUCCUGGCUCGGGAGAACGCAACGGGCAUUUCCAUGGAAGACCAGCAGAACUCUGUGGGACAUGGACAAGCUUUACCUAACGCUACAAGCCUCCCACACGAACCCAUUCCAGGGCGAGUGAUUAUGGAUACAUGACCAAGACACCGAAGUGGACUGAUUCACCAAGGCUUACAUUUAUCAGACUUGGAACCAACAAGGAACAUUUGACCUUAUACACAUAAACUAAUACCUGAUGAACUGCUAUAUGGAAUUUGAUAAAAAUGAUAAAGUUUAAGCGUUAUGGUGCUCCUUCCUGUAACGUAAUAAGGUAAAAGACAUUCAUAUCAGCUAAGAAUGAGCUGAAUUGUUCACAGGAAAACAUCCAGUGUUUUAUAAUUAGUUUUUACCAACUAUCUUAGCUGCCAUUGACAAUGACAAACCUUGUCAUGGAUAAAGUGUUUUUAUUUUAUUUCUUACAGUAGCAAAAUGGCAUUGGUGCAAAUUAUGUUUGAGACCAAACGUCAGAUAUUUGCCAUUCUUUAAGGCAUAGAUCACCCACAAAUGUCAUUUUCUCACUCUUAUGUUAUACCAAAUCCCUAUGACUUUCUUUCCUCUGUGGAACACAAACAGAGAUGUGAGGGACAAUCGGCAGAAUGUUAGCCUAAGGCCAUGUGCACACUAGUACAUUUUUGUUCGAAAAUGCAUAGAUUUUGCUUCGUUUAUGUCUCUAAUCCACAAUUGAAUGUUGUUUUCCUCGACCGAAAAAGAAGACUUUAAAAAAACUUUACCUCCUUUAGUGUUCCAUGGAGGAUAGAAUGUACAUACGAGUUUGAAAAAAAUAAAAAGACAUGAUGAGGAUGAGUUAAUGAUGACAGAAGUUUCAUUUUUGGUUCAACUAGAGUGAUGGAAACUGUGAAAUACGUUCUUGGUUAAUUGAGAGAACUAGUCAGGUCAGGUUGAUGUUUAAUACAAACUUUUGGGGAGAAGUCUUACAUGCCUGCAGUAUGUCUUUGUGUUUGUGUUUUAUGGAGUUAUGUGCUGACAUUAAAGAGAUGAAAAUAUAUAAAAGACCAAAAGAAAACGGAACUGUACACGAUAACCAUUAUUAAAUAUAUUGCUGUACAUUCCCCAGAAAACAUUUUUUAAUGCACUUCCAGAUCAAUGGUUGUACAUGGAUACGUAUUAUCAUUAUUAUUACAUGCCCUACUUGUGUACUUUUUAAACUUUUUGUUUGAGAAUUCAGCUG